AUGACUUGGACGUCGAAACACGAAAUAAUCAAGACUAUUCAAGUGCUGGUAAGUAUCGAAACAUGCACUUUUUCGAAAAAACAGUUUUUCAGGUUGUUGGAGCCGGUGGUAUCGGAUGUGAACUGCUCAAAAAUUUAGCUGCCACCGGAUUCAGAAAAGUCCACGUGGUAAGUAGAAGAAAAUCGAGGUUUUCAGCGAAAGGAAAAAUUUAGAUCGACCUGGACACUAUCGAUAUCAGCAAUCUGAACCGUCAAUUCUUGUUCCGCAAAGAGCACGUCUCCAGUUCGAAAGCGGAAAUUGCCACGAAGGUCGUGAAGCAGUUUUGCCCCGACAUUGACCUCACUUUCGAGCACGGCAGCAUUUUUGACGAAAAAUUCAAUAUCGACUUUUUCAAAUCGUUCGAAUUUGUGAUGAACGCGUUGGAUAACAAAAGUGAGCGGCUUGGCAAAUCUUCAUUGUUUUUUCCACAACUUGUAUAGAAAACAGCUGUUUUUAAAUCUAAUUUUUUGCAGAAGCUCGCAACCACGUGAACCGAAUGUGUCUGGCGGCGAACCGACCGCUGAUCGAGUCGGGAACGUCCGGAUUCACGGGUCAGGUGCAGGUGAUCCUCCGCGGACGAACCGAAUGCUACGAGUGCACGACGAAGGAAACGCAGAAGACGUUCCCCGGCUGCACGAUCAGGAACACGCCCAGCGAGCACAUUCACUGCACCGUCUGGGCCAAACACGUCUUCAAGUGAGUCGAGAAUAAUUCUCUGAAUUUUUUCAGCGUUUUUACAUCUAAUUUCGCAAAACAUAUUUUGAGACCUCAAUCAUUGAAUUUGCAGUCAAUUGUUCGGAGAAAUCGACAUUGACGACGAAGUGUCGCCGGAUAUGAAAGCGGAAGGGCAGAACGAGGCAGAAUCAGAGGAGAGUGCGAACGAUUCGGCGAACGAAGAGCCCACGCCCAUCGGAACCCGCCAGUGGGCGGAAAAUGUCAAAUUCGACCCGGCCAAGGUCUUCGAUAAGGUUCGCGUACCGAGAAAAUUUUUCGAGUAUUUUCCAUAAUUUCCAUUUUUUUGCAGCUGUUCCUGAUGGACAUUGAAUAUCUGUGCCGAAUGGAACACUUGUGGAAUCAACGAAGGCGUCCGAAGGCGCUCUCGUUCUCUUCCGCUUCGGAAGACAACGGAAAGGCGCCUGUUCAGUUCGAGCAGGCCCUGAAAGAGGCCACUUCGAUCUGGCCCCUUUCCACGGCGACGUCCGUCUUCUCCGAGUGCGUCCGCGCCCUCUCCGCGCAGGUCUCCGCACACCCCGACUUGCGGCUCUCCUUCGACAAGGACGUCCCUCUGAUCAUGGCGUUCGUGGCCGCGUGCGCCAACAUCCGCGCCCAAAUCUUCGGCAUUCCGACCAAAUCGAUGUUCGAAAUCAAGGCGAUGGCCGGAAACAUCGUGCCGGCCAUCGCGGCCACGAACGCGAUGGUCGCCGGAAUGAUGGUCACCGAGGCGAUGAAACUGGCGCACGGACUGCACGAACUCGUGCAGCAGUCCCAUGUUCGCCUCAUUCCCAGCAUAGUUGGAAAGGUUCGUUCGCAUUUUAUGCAAUUUUUAUUCGGAGUUCCCUCAAAUUUGCAGGUGUUCUACAAUGAGACUCCGUUCCCACCGAAUCCGCAGUGCUACGUGUGCUCGGAGCAGAAAGAAGUGAUCGUUUAUGUGAAUCCGUCGCAAAUGACCGUCCACGGACUGUGCGAGAAGGUUCUGAAGAACGAGCUGAACAUGUUGGCGCCCGAUGUGAUGGACAACGCCUCCAGCCGAAUCAUCAUCAGUUCCGAUGGAGACACCGACGGUAGACAUUUUUUAAAUGCUGAUUUUUAACAUUUUUGUUUGAAAUUUUUAAGUGAAUUCUAAAAUUUGCAGAUUUGCUGACAAAAAAGCUGUCGGAAGUGUCGAUAGAGGACGGCGCGAUUUUGUGCUGCGACGACUUUCAACAGGACAUGACUCUCCGCCUGUUCAUCCGUCAACAAGUCGACCUGACCGGCGAUGAAUUCAAGGUGGAGCGCACGGAGCAGGAGAAGCCGAAGGAGCCGGCAGAGGAGAAGCGCAAGAGGAAGUCGGGGCACGAGGGUGACGAGCCAGAAGUGAAAAAAACAAAGACCGACGAGGCGCCGGAGGCUUUGCAAGUCAUCAAUGGAAAUGCUAUGGAUUAA